AGCACAGCCGCCAAAUUUUCAAUGGUGAAGGAUACAAAGAUAAGGUACCAGCAGGUGGCGUAGGGCAGAUGCAUACUGGCAUGAAAGACCGCGACGUGCUGGUCACUAGUCGUUGGAUAAGCCUUGCGGGUUUGUGCAUUGACCAUUCACUAAAUGCUAAUUAUUAGCAGCAUCUUGUGGAGUUUGACCACGCUUGUUCUGGCACCGUGUUUCUGCGGUGGAUUUAUUGAGGCCUCGCGCUGGCAUCUAACCUUUAUAUGAUGUAUCCCUUCCCACGUCCUCCAACGUUACCACUUGUCUUGGCUCUACUCCUAUAUAGACCAAGAUAAACCUUGCCUCUCCUUACUAAGCUUGUCGAGGCAUAUAGAUAAGACAUGGGUCAAGCACUCGGUUUGAUACAAGUGGAUCAAUCGACCGUAGCCAUCAAGGAAUCUUUUGGAAAGUUUGAUGAGGUCCUAGAGCCUGGAUGCCACUUCUUGCCAUGGUGCAUAGGGAAGCAGGUUGCUGGGUAUCUUUCACUGCGUGUGCAGCAGCUUGAUGUCCGCUGCGAAACAAAGACAAAGGAUAAUGUCUUCGUCAAUGUUGUUGCAUCUGUGCAAUACCGUGCCCUUGCUAACAAGGCAUCUGAUGCCUUUUACAGGCUUAGUAACACUAGGGAGCAAAUCCAGUCAUAUGUCUUUGAUGUCAUCAGGGCUAGUGUUCCAAAGAUGAACUUGGAUGAUGUAUUUGAGCAGAAGAACGAUAUCGCCAAAGCUGUGGAAGAUGAGCUUGAAAAGGCAAUGUCAAUGUAUGGAUAUGAGAUUGUGCAAACACUGAUUGUUGAUAUUGAGCCUGAUGAACAUGUGAAGAGAGCCAUGAAUGAGAUCAAUGCAGCUGCUAGGAUGAGGUUGGCUGCCAACGAGAAAGCUGAAGCGGAGAAGAUACUGCAGAUCAAGAGAGCUGAAGGUGAUGCAGAAUCCAAGUACUUGUCUGGUCUGGGUAUCGCAAGGCAGCGUCAGGCAAUAGUGGAUGGGCUUAGAGACAGUGUUCUCGCUUUCUCAGAGAAUGUGCCUGGGACCUCCGCCAAGGAUGUCAUGGAUAUGGUUCUCGUGACCCAGUACUUCGACACCAUGAAGGAGAUCGGGGCCUCAUCCAAGUCCUCUUCAGUCUUUAUCCCCCAUGGACCAGGAGCUGUCAAAGAUAUCGCGGCACAGAUAAGGGAUGGUCAGCUCCAGGCCAGGAUGCUCUGAGAAAGCAUUGGAAACCACACGCUUCUCAUUUCCCAAUCAUUAAAGAAGUCUGCAUCACUAUAUAUAUCUUGUGAGAUGGAGUAAAACAUAGGGGAUACGGUAGUAAAUGAGUAUUGCUUGCACUUCUGUACAGUUUAUUCGUGCUAUCUACUUGCAUGGAUUAUGUUGUACAGUAAAAUGACCUAUCUGCUGUAAAAGUUUACUGGGUAUUAUGUUGUUUGGACCUAUUUAUGUAGGUGAACCUGAGAAAAUGCCUUUACCAA